AUGGAUUCAAUUAAACAAAAAUUUUACUAUAAACUUGUCUUACUUAACAAAUCCAAAUAUUAUACCAUAUCUGAAAAACCUCAAGAAUUAGUGAUGGGUGAUACAACUGAACAAAAUUUACUUCAAAGCUCUUUAGUAUAUGUCUAUAGAACCCAAGAGCUUGCGCUUUCAAAUGAAAUGUAAAUUUAAUUCAGACGCGUAAAAGAUCCUAAAACUCAUUUAAGCCCAAAAACUGUUAUAAAAAUAAUGUGCUGAGGAGAUUCCAAAGAAGAAGACCCAAAAUAUGCAUUUAGUUUUAUGUGUCCUAUAUUGGAUGUAGGAUUUCCGUUUAAACCCCAAAAACCAAUCAGAGACGUUUCUCGACGCUCGAAAAUUAUCCCUCCAAAAGAGCUUCGAAGCUUACCUUAUUGAAGAGACAUAACUCCUUGCAGAUAUGGGCUUCGAAAGCUCCCAUCUCCCAAGCUCUCAGUAAGAAGCAUUUCUCACAUAAAUUGACGAGUCAAAAGCAGCCGAGCGUAUGAAAAGCUGCGAAAAAUGGAAGAAGAAACUGAAAAAUUGGAAAAAGAAAUCUCGGAAAUUGAGAAAUUUGCCGAUCUUCUUGACUUAGAAAAUGAUGAUUUUUUAAAAGAUUCUGCUAUAAAUGAGAGUAUAAAAUAA